GCGACUCUCGUGCCUGUGCUCGUGUGUACGUUUCGUCGGCAGACGCGCGUGUCGUCGGCGGCAAGUAAAAUGGUGCGCUGUUUCCUCGUGCACACGGUGUGCCCGGUGAGCGCGCUGUGCCCCGCGGAGAGCCGCGUGCUGUACUCCGCCGUCUUCGGGCCGGAGGAGAGCGUCCCGAGCCGCCGAGGUGGAGGUCUUGGGCUGGAGGAGAGGCGGCUUCUUCGGAAAGAACAGGUGCUGGUGGUGGCAAGGCAGGUGCAGAGUGCGGCCACCCUGUCCCGGGAGGCCUCUGGCAGGGUGCUGGUGGAGACUGUGCCGGGGGAGGAGAUCUUGGCCCUCCAGGAGGCCGACAGCGGAGUGUUGAGGUUGAGAGCAGGAGACCCCUUCUCCGGCGAGAGGAGUGCACUGUGGCUGGCCGUCCAGAGCCUGGGCUUCACGCUAGUCUGCGAACCCCACGAGAACCUGCUGCUGGCUGAGACGACGCUGCGGAACCUCGCCCGACACUGUCUGGAGGACCUACGCAUGCUGGGGCCUGGGAGCGAGGUCCUGCUGAAGAGCGACCGCAUCGACGUUCUGCUCAGCCGUCUGCUUCCUCACGGACAGCUCCUCUUCCUCAACCACCGCUUCGCCCAGAGUCUGGAGAAAGAAGUGGCGGCCUACAUAGCCAAAUAAACCAGACUGUUCUGUGUGUUUGGCGGCACAGUGCGGGUCCAGCAAUGUGUGUCGCUGUUCUUAACCGAUGCGGUACCGAGGAUGACCGUUCCUCGUUUGAACAUCAAAUACCGGCGGUCAGUCUUCACAUCUCAGCAUCGCGUUUGUCACACGAUCCCAGCAGAUCUGCGUAAACAUCUGUGCACACAUUUUCACCUUCAGGACCGAGCCAGGAACACAGCCGAGCGCGAUAUCUACGCAACCCACACCGGUGUCCAGCACAGCAGAAUUGGACAUGGGUUGCCGUCUCUUUAAGCCCUGGGGAGGGCACUGUUGUUCCCCCCUGAAAAUGUCCCCGGCGUUGCGUGGCAUGAAGGACGCUGCAGAGGAGGACGGCUCUCGGCAACUGUAGCACACCAGGCUUUACAGUGCGGGUAGUGGGUUGAACACAAUAUGUUUGACUGCUGGUAGUUUGCACUCGUAGCCCGUUUCAUUUCAUUUCAUCGACGUGUGUGUGUGUAUGUGUGGGGGGUUAAUGGAAGUAUUCGGGGGGGGGGGGUAGUGAAGAUUUUGUGACGAUCCCCCCCUCCCCGAUCCACUGGUAUCCUGUCUCGUGUUUUGGGCUUUUCUGUACAGGGGCCUGGCGGGCAGAGCGUAAAGGGUCAUUAUAAUAUGCGUGGUGUGUCCUUGUGUAUAUAAGGCCGAGUCCUAUUUGGGACAACAGACUCCUACUGUCCAACACACUCUCUCUAUCUCUCUCUCUCUCUCUCUCUCUCUCUCUCUCUCUCUCUCUCUCUCUCUCUCGCCCCCCCCCCCUCUCAGGCUAUGGCUGUGAGAAGCUGUGGCUUCUCCCCCUAUUGUACCGUUAGGUUCUGCAUCAUAACACCCCUACAGCACAUGUCCACCCAGCGCAUUACUGAGCCCACUGGCUCAGUAAUCUGUAUAUUCACUACCUGUUUUUUCUUUUUUUUUUUUUUUUGGAAAUCGACUCUUAUGCUGUAAAUAAAUGGAGUCUAUUUUGCUAAUGAAACUGCUGCGUCUCCUAUCUUUAUUACAAUCUAAGAACCAGGCUAUGACAUUAUGCUGAGACUGGACCACCAUCUUAUAUAUAUAAGCUGAUGAGUGCGAGAUGCAUGAA